UCCAAAUCCAUUUUGAGCACUUGUGAUUCAAAGUCCAUUCUUUUGAAUCCUUAUGUCCCAGAAAUAAAUUCUUCACCCCUUCCAUCCCUCUUGAAUACUUGAAUACCACCAUUCACCCCUCCACCUUUUUCUCCGAUUCUCUCAGUGCUCCAUCACCUCAAAUCCUUAAUCAAGAUCAACAAAGUCAGACAUCCUUGAAUUUCUUCCAUUAUUUUCUCCAUCACCCAUCCUCUUGCAUCCAUACUAUUACUAUUGGAAGAAAUUGGAUGCCAUAUCUAAAAUAAAUUUAAAUUACUCACUGGAUGUUGCCGUGGAAAUAAAUCAUCGACUGCCUGUCAUCAGACGGAUAAUCUGCCUGCACUGCCAUCUCCAAAACAAAACCUGUGUAAAAUGCGAGGACAAUUUAUUUUUCUUUUCCUGUCCUAACAUGUUCUUAAACACGACUUCAAAUUAGGCGACUCCCUAGCCUCUCAGAGCUAUGAUAAAUUUCUGUCUCCUACUGGGCUGCUCUUCCCACAUAAUGUCGCCUAAAAUGGCUCCUUAAUUCUUGUUUUGGGCAGUGAACAUGCCCUCCAAGCUAUCUUAGCCCCUUCGUAGCCUCUAUCAGGAAUCACCUGCACGAAUCCAACAUAAUAAGGUAAACAAAUCUGGUAUAUCGCGCCUGCGAUUGGCACUGAGAUUGUGCCCUAUUCCUACCAUUUAAAGAACCUUUCGGAGAAUUCGACGGCCCAGAUAAGAGGUCAGCACUGCAAUCUUGUCAUUAUUCAUGCGAACCAAAUGGAUUUUAUAUAUACAAUCAUUGAAACUGCGUGCCGCCAUUGUAGAACGCCUUCGGCGUAAUAACAACAGAAUUGUUUUAGAAUGAAACCGUGGCAAGCGACGUGCCUCAUGAUUGUGCUUUCAACGAUGCCGAUGAGAAAAACUUAGCAGAGUUACGAAACCCUCCAGAAGGAGAUCUAAAAAAAAAUGAAACCAACCAAAAACCAAUCUACCUACAGCUGCCUCUACUAAUUCUUGAGCUCAAGACAAAUUUUUUGCAUCCUUUUAACAUAAAUAUUGGUUGCGACUUAAAUCUGUUUUCCAGGCAUGAGGCGAGGAAAGUUUUUUUUUUCUGGCUAAUGUUUUUGGGUGGUGGAGCCCACCUGGUAAUCAACUUAGAAUAUCAUGCGAAGUCCAACUACCAAAACAUUAUUUAAUGGCAACUUCUUUUCACCCGAAACCCAACACAUCGUAUUAUUCUAUUGGCUAAUUUGCUAGCUACACUUUAUUCGAUUGUUUCAGUUUAAUUUUUCGCGUGUAAUCGCGGAGGGACUGUUGACAUUGAUAUAAUUUAUGGCGUUCGUCUGGUUAGUGUUAAAAUUGCUGGGAAUUGUGGCUUUCAGUCCAUCCCCUCUUUUGGCUGCGCGCUUUCAACACCACAAGACGCAGGUAAAUGGUCCAAAGUUCUGGAUUUCUAAUGACAUGUUCUGGAAGGAUGGGAAUCCGUUCCAAAUUAUUGGAGGAGAUAUUCAUUAUUCUAGAGUGCUUCCACAGUAUUGGGAGGAUAGGCUAUUAAGAGCAAAAUCCUUGGGAUUAAAUGUUAUACAAACGUAUGUCCACUGGAAUCUACAUGAGACAAGGCCUGGGAAAUGGAAUUUUGAUGGUAUUGCAGAUGUUGAAUCAUUCCUCAAACUGGCACACAAGUUAGGUUUUCUUGUUAUGCUUCGUCCUGGGCCAUACACAUGUGGAGAAUGGGAUUUAGGGGGAUUUCCUGCAUGGUUGCUUGCUCAUAAUCCACCUCUUAAAUUGAGAUCAUCAGACCCAAACUUCCUCAAUUUGGUCAAGAGGUGGUGGGAUGUUUUAUUUCCAAAAAUUGUUCCACUUCUCUAUAGUAAUGGAGGGCCUGUCAUAAUGGUUCAGGUUGAGAAUGAAUAUGGGUCAUUUGGAGAUGAUAAAAAUUAUCUUCGAAACCUAGUGUCUCUUGCUAGAGCGCACUUUAAGGAUGAUGUUAUCUUAUACACAACAGAUGGUGGCCAAAGAGGAAAUCUGAACAAUGGCUCAAUUGUUGGCAGUGAUGUGUAUGCAGUUGUGGACUUCUCAACAGGUGAUGAUCCAUGGCCAAUUUUUGAACUGCAGAAGAAAUAUAAUGCUCCAGGGAAGUCUCCAGCUCUUACUGCGGAGUUUUAUACAGGUUGGCUGACACACUGGGGCGAAAGGUUUGAAAAGACAGAUGCUGCAAAAGUGGCUAAUGCAUUAGAAGAAAUUCUAUCAAAGAAUGGAUCAGCUGUCCUUUAUAUGGCACAUGGAGGGACAAGUUUUGGAUUUUUCAAUGGUGCAAAUACAGGUCCAAAUCCUUCAGAUUAUCAACCAGAUCUAACUUCCUAUGAUUAUGAUGCACCAAUCAGAGAAGAUGGAGAUGUUGAAAAUCCUAAAUUCAAAGCACUACGCGAUGUGAUUGGCAGGUACAGUCAAAACUCGCUUCCUGAUAUUCCAAUUUCAAGAGGGACAAAAAUAUAUGGGCGGGUGAAUCUACAGAGAAUCGCAACUUUGUUUGAUGCACUUAAACUACUGAGUGAACCACCAGAAGGAAUUAUAUCUGAGUGCCCUGUAACCAUGGAAUCCCUCCAGCAGGUUUCUGGAUUUAUACUAUAUCAGUCGAGGCUUCCAUUGCACACUAGAAUUGGAAGUAUUCUUUCAAUACCAUUGGUUCAUGAUCGAGCGCAAGUAUUUAUUGCACCAAAAUCUGGCAACCAGCAUGAAACUCCAAUAUAUAUAGGGGCAAUUGAACGAUGGUCAAAUUCAUCACUCACCAUCCCAAAUUUAGCAGGUGUCCCUGGUUCACAACUGCUAAUAUUGGUGGAAAACAUGGGCCAUGUGAAUUAUGGACAAUUUAUGUAUGAUCCCAAGGGCCUGCUUUCUCCUGUAUUCCUUGAUGGCUCUCCAGUUUCUGGAUGGAGUAUCCACCCAAUUCCGUUGAGCAACAUUACUCAACUCCAUAAAAUUAGUGUUAUAAGAGACACAACAGAAAGGAAGUUUGGAGUGAAGCUGUCUAUUGCCCCAGGUUUUGAGAGCAGUCCUGAAAAUCUUGAAGGGCCAACAUUUUUCAAUGGUUACUUGAACAUUAUUCCACCUCAUGAUAUUAAAGACACCUAUAUUUCAUUUCGAGGAUGGUCAAAAGGCGUGGCCUUCAUCAAUGGUUUCAAUCUUGGACGAUUUUGGCCUUCAAGGGGACCCCAAUGCAACCUUUACAUCCCAGCUCCAUUACUUCAUUAUGGAGUUAACGAGUUGGUCAUUCUAGAGCUGGAAAAGCCAAACAUGAAGCUUGAAGUGAACCUAGUUGAUAGUCACGAUUUCACUUGUGGGAAUUUCUUGUUAUGAAGAGAAAAUUAUAAUAAAUAUGGUAGAGUGUAUUAUUUUUUUAAUAAAGCAUAACAGUUCAAGUUUUCAUUCAUAGGUCAUCAUGUAGAUCUAGACUAGGCAAUUUCCAUGAUUGUGUGUUUCUUCUUCUUAAUUGACUAGUUAGUUGAGUCGUUUAGUUCUUUAUUAAAUUUUAUAUUUUAAAUUAUGUAAUCAUUUGUAAUACUCACACAUGUCAAAUAUCAAUACUAAAUUAACCUUUCAUGUCUU